AUCGGGAGCUAGUUAUUACCCAACACCCGGAAGAGCUAAAACCCUACGCGUGCUCGCGUGUCUUACCCCGAAACGAACCCGGAUGUGAGGCGCAGCGGCGUCUUCUUGGACUCUCCUCUCCUCUCCGCCCUGUCGUGGACAGCAUGGUCGUGCUGAAGGGAAUCCCCUCGGUCUUAUCUCCCGAGCUGCUGUACGCGCUCGCUAAAAUGGGCCACGGGGAUGAGCUGGUUCUUGCUGAUGCAAAUUUCCCAUCAUCUUCCAUUUGUGCCUGCGGUCCAAAAGAGAUAAGAGCUGAUGGUUUAGGAAUCCCACGGCUUUUGGAGGCCAUUCUGAAGCUGCUGCCCCUGGACACCUACGUCCCUUCUCCGGCUGCAGUCAUGGAUCUGGUAGAGAGUGACAAACACAGAUGUUUAGCUGUCCCUGUGUGGGACACCUACACACAGCUCUUGGGUCAGGCGGGGUGUCAGUCUCCCCUUGAGAAGGUGGAGCGGUUUGCUUUCUAUGAGCGGGCCAAGAAAGCCUACGUUGUCGUGGCAACAGGGGAAACAGCACUGUAUGGAAAUGUGAUACUGAAGAAAGGGGUCCUCACUGCUGAGCUGCUACAGUGACACACAGAAGCUAUUAAAGGAUCUUCCCAGGAUGAGUGGUUGAAAGAUCACUGGUGGUAGAGAUGGUCCAGAUCCUCCUCUGGUUGGCUGUACCUCCUCUGGGAUGGGAAAUUAACAGGAGCGACAGCUUCAGUAUCCUCUUGGUGACCGGUGACUUUGGAUAGGUCUUCGUGGUACAGGGAAUCCAUAUCCUCCUCUGGAUGAAGGUGAACUCUGACCUCACUUCCCCCCUCGACCUCCUGCCUCACCAGCUCCAUCUGCCCUGGUAAACCCUGGUUGUCACGGUGACGCAGCCCGUACUCAUUCUUCUCUGGUUCAGGCUGAGCAACGCGGACCUCUUCACCAGCAUUGUGUCCAGCAAUUAGUGGAGCUAGAUACACGUCCAGCUCCUUCCUCGCUUGGCGGUAGACUUCAUCCCAGUCCUUGAUGUCAUCUUUAGCCUUCUCGAGUUCCUGAUGGUUCUUCAAGUGGGUAACUUCCUGCCAGGGUUCUGCCUGGAUGUCAGCAGCAGAGAGGGCCUCCAGGUUUUCUUUAUGACGAUUGAGGAGAUCAGCCAUUAAAGGAUGGUACAGCUUAUCCAAGUCUUCGUCAUCCUUCAAGGGUUUUGUGUCCUUCCAGAUCAUCAUGUGAGGGUCGAUCUCAUAGUGAGUCUCAUCCAUGUCCUCAGGAGGCUCUACUUCCAUGCGUCCUUCCUUUAAGGACCUGAAAUAAUAAAAGACAAUCUAAGCCUGCAUUUCCUCUGUCUUAGAGACAAUUACUCUCUGGUUUAGUUACAGGAAAUUACAACUUACAUAACCGUAUGCUGGAAUUCUCCAUCUGUGAGUUCAUUCUGAGAAAAGAGAACACACAUUGCAUGAAUCAUGUCCAACAUCCAGACAUGCUUGUCAUUUUAAAUUCAUUAGGAAAAUGAUUUGUAGCUGUAGACUCCCCAGUGGAAUACAUACUAUACACAUACCCAGGGUUUGUAUGGCUUUGCGCUGAUGCCAAGUAUCAGACAAACACAGACUGUCAAAGAAAACCUACAAGUGAAGAGAAUCUGGAUUAACGUCUAGAUUUCAACACAGUGACAGAUAUUAUACAACAGAUCUUUAAAAAGUCAAAGAAAAAAAACAUGCACUCUAUACAUGUUUACACAGGUUAGGAACCCUUGUUGGAGAUCCAUAGCAUUCUUACCUGAACAUGUUGACUGCUUUCAGCUCAACUCUUUGGCUCUGAAUGAGUAGUUACCCGUCCACUUUCUGAGAAAAUGAAGGACCAAAGUUCCCUCAAUAAACCAAGGAUAAUUUGUU